AUGGGUGAGAACUAUUCGGCAGCAGGUCUUGGGGCCACCCAAGCUGCACAGAUGUUCAUGGGAGAGCACCACCAGAGAUCCCUUGUGCAGGUCAACUGGAACGGGUUCGAAGGGAAGCAGCAGUUUCAGCUUCUCGGCGGCGGUGCUAACUCUGUCACUGGCGGCUACACGAAAGGAGACGGCCUUGGUGCUGAAAUCGUCGGCACUUUCGUCCUUGUCUACACCGUGUUCUCUGCCACCGACGCCAAUCAGCAGGGCAGUAUUCGAAACGACACCGCGCUGCAGCUGAUGUACAGAAUCGAUGUCGCCGGGCAAGGUAUCUCUCCCGACGGCGGCACCGGGAUGUAUCGGCAAUGGAGCCCCGACGAUAAAUACCUCAACAUCGAUCCUCCUCCGGGCUCUGUUUACUACAAUGACUCGGUUCCCCUGAGCUCCAUUUACAGUAACGACUCGAUUCAGCUGCAGUACAGAAACGAGAUCCAUAAGCUCGUCGCGCCGGCGACCGUUUACAGAACUGCCCGGGGGAUGUCGAACAUCAGCGACCAAGAUUGGAUCUUUGUGCUCGGCUGA